AUGUUGUCUAUAAUCGUUUUUGUGUGUUCAAUAUUAACUUCAGCUACUGCUAAUAGUCGAGUUGUGAACGGAUCUGAUGCUGAAGAAGGAGAGUUUCCAUAUGCUGUUUCUUUACGAAGACAAGGAAGUCACACCUGCGGAGCAACCAUCCUUAACGAAAAAUAUGUUUUAACGGCUGCCCAUUGUGUUUGUAGCGACCAAGAGCCUAAAAACAGCUCCUUAUAUUCCAUUCAGUACGACCUAUUGACUAUUACAAAAGAACCUGUAAAUACUGUACCAGUUAAAAAAAUCAACUGUCAUCAGUUUAGUUCCGAGAAGCUUAUAUUUGAUUCGGCAGUACUAGAACAAGAUGGCCCCUUAUCAAAAAAUUUGCAAAAGCUCAAUGUAGAAAUAUACGAUGAUAACACUUGCGGUAGAAAGUAUAAUAAUGAUCACCAUAUUUGUUUUGGAGCGCUAGCUGGAGGAGCAUGCAAUGGUGAUUCUGGAACAGCUCUAAUAGUGGAAGGAGUUCAAGUUGGAAUAGCUUCUUUCAUAACCGAUGCAUGUGGUAUCGCUAACGAGCUGCAUCCAAAUGUUUAUUCUAGAAUAUCAACUUAUUACGAUUGGAUACAUACAGUGUCGGAAUAA